GGGCCCCUGAGUGGUUCCUUCUUGACUGACACAGGCAUCGCUCCUUCACACCUGUUGCCAACCUCAGCCGGCAGGCCGGGAGCCGCCAUGCCUUACCUCCACCGGGCCCCAGGACCCCAGAAGCAGCCGGCUCCCGGGCACGCCCGAGGCACCCACUCCUCAGGCCAGAGCUUCGAGCAGCUGAGGCAGGACUGCCUGCAGAAGGGGGUCCUCUUCCAGGAUGCCGACUUCCCGGCUAACAACACCUCUCUCUUCUACAGUGAAAGGCCCCAGAUCCCCUUUGAGUGGAAGCGGCCAGGGGAAAUAGUGAAAAACCCAGAAUUCAUUCUUGGAGGGGCCACCAGGACUGAUAUCUGCCAGGGGGAGCUGGGCGACUGCUGGCUGCUGGCCGCCAUCGCCUCCCUUACGCUGAACCAGAAAGCGCUCGCCAGAGUCGUCCCCCAGGACCAGAGCUUCGGCCCCGGUUAUGCUGGGAUAUUCCAUUUCCAGUUCUGGCAGCACAGCGAGUGGCUGGACGUGGUGAUCGAUGACCGACUGCCCACCUUCAGGGACCGCCUGGUCUUCCUGCACUCGGCCGACCACAACGAGUUCUGGAGCGCCCUGCUGGAGAAAGCCUACGCCAAGCUGAACGGGAGCUAUGAGGCGCUGAAGGGAGGUAGCGCCAUGGAGGCCAUGGAGGACUUCACCGGGGGCGUAGCAGAGACCUUCGUGACUAAGGAGGCCCCAGAGAACUUCCACGAGAUUCUAGAGAAGGCCUUGAAGAGGGGCUGUCUGGUGGGCUGCUCCAUCGAUAUCAGAAACGCUGCAGAAUCCGAAGCCCGGACGCCUUUCGGUCUUAUUAAGGGUCAUGCCUACACUGUGACAGGAAUUGACCAGGUAAGCUUCCGAGGCCAGAAAAUCAGACUCAUCAGAGUCCGGAACCCUUGGGGCCAGGUCGAGUGGAACGGGUCCUGGAGCGACAGUUCUUCCGAGUGGCGUUCCAUUGGCCCAGCUGAGCAGCAGCGCCUGUGUCACAUGGCUCUGGAUGACGGGGAGUUCUGGAUGGCAUUUAGUGACUUUAAGGCCCAUUUUGACAAAGUAGAGGUCUGCAACCUCACCCCUGAUGCCCUGGAGGAGGACACUGUCCACAGAUGGGAGGUGACAGUCCACCAAGGAAGCUGGGUGCGGGGCUCCACGGCUGGGGGCUGCCGCAAUUUCCUCGACACCUUUUGGACCAACCCACAAAUAAAGCUGUCCCUGACUGAGACGGAUGAGGGGCAGCAGAACUGCACUUUCCUUGUGGCCCUGAUGCAGAAAGAUCGAAGGAAACUCAAGAGGUUCGGCGCCAACGUGCUGACCAUCGGCUACGCCAUUUACCAGUGCCCGGAGCGAGAGGAACACCUGGAGAAAGACUUCUUCCGGUACCACGCCUCCCAGGCCAGGAGCAGAACGUUCAUCAACCUGCGAGAGGUAUCCGACCGCUUCAGGCUGCCGCCGGGCGAAUACAUCCUGAUCCCCAGCACUUUUGAGCCCCAUCAGGAAGCCGACUUCUGCCUGAGGAUCUUUUCAGAGAAGAAAGCCAUCACCCGGGACCUGGACGGAGACGUAGGCAUUGACCUUCCUCAGCCUCUGAAGCCAAGUCCGCCAGGCCAGGAGACAGAGGACGAGCAGCAGUUCCGGGCCCUGUUUGCACGAGUCGCUGGGGAGGACAUGGAGGUGGCCGCAGAGGAACUUGAAUAUGUUUUAAAUGCAGUGCUUCGAAAGAAAAAGGACAUCAAAUUCGAGAAGCUGAGCCUGAUUUCCUGUAAAAACAUCAUUUCUCUAAUGGACACCAGUGGCAACGGGAAACUAGAGUUUGAUGAAUUCAAAGUGUUCUGGGACAAACUGAAGACAUGGAUAGACCUUUUCCGGCAGUUCGAUGUCGACAAAUCCGGCACCAUGUCUUCCUACGAGCUGCGGUCCGCGCUGAAAGCCACAGGCUUCCAGCUGAGCAGUCACCUCCUGCAGCUGAUCGUCCUCAGGUAUGCAGACGAGGAGCUCCAACUGUGCUUCGAUGACUUCCUCAACUGCCUGGUCCGGCUGGAGAACGCCAGCCGGGUGUUCCAGGCUCUCAGUACGAAGAAGGAGUUCAUUCAUCUCAACAUAAACGAGGUAUGACCAAGCCAGACCUUCCGCACAGGGACCGAGCCAGGGCUAGGCGAAUCCACACCCAUAAACGUCUACUGAACACAUGACUACAUGCGAGGGUAACAUUUAGUCGUGGGGGUGACAACAGUAACAUUGCUAAUAUUUUUGGUGUAGUAUGCAUUAGCAGUCAAUAUAUAAUCCUUACAAUCAUCUUAAGAGCUGGGGACUAACAGUAUCCCCAUUUUGCAGAGGUGGAAACUGAGGCACAGAGAGAUUAACCACCUGGAACUGAGUGAGCAAGCAAACCCUGCCUUCUUCUCCUUCUCCUCUUCUGCCAUACGGGCUCCUCAACCUACCUGCCUGCUGGGUUCCAGAUUGUUCACUGCCUUUUGCUCACGCUGUCCUCUGGAACUCAAGAUUCUUGGUGUGUGUGUGUGUGUGUGUGCGUGUGUGUGUGUGUGUGCAUGUAUGUGCACAUAUCCAUGCACACACCUCAAAAAUCCUGAGAAAUACACAACUUUUAACAGAGACCUGAUCACAGCAAAAAUGAUGGAGGGGAGAGUAUGAUCCAAGUUCCAGAGGCUUGGAAGAGGCGACUCAGGUGUGGACAGCCCCCUCCCCUGCCCAGGUGUGGACAGCCCCCUCCCCUGCCCAGCGUGUUCCCAGGACCAGCACAUGGGCACCACCUAGGGGA